CGAAGGGCGAAGUACUACCGGUGUAGACUCAAUGGAAAUGUUAUUUUGAUCUCAUUGAAAGCAACAGCCAUCAGCAAACACAAACACAUUGCAGACCAUCUCUCUAGCGGAGAACCAUUCCACACAACAUACAAUCCUAUUGGGACCUUCACUUCAUUAUCAGGGUAACGUGCUCUGUUGAGUUAUACGUUUUUACGGAUACUGUUGUAUCAAGACAAUGACGAAUUACAAACUGACAUAUGCGGUACCUGGGAGAUGUGAGUUUGACAUUGCUAGCCCGGCUUCUGCUUACCGAGAUCGAACAGGUCAUUUGUCCCUAUGGGGAAUCAGUAAAUUCGAACAGGACACAGCUACUAUAUGUGGUAACCAUGGAUUUAUGCAGUCGAUACGUGAUAUGGCAAGUAAAAAUAAUAUUCGUUUUUUCCACAUCAGCGAAAAACGUAUAAUGUCUCCAACGUGUCACUCUAAAUUAUCGUGGUCCGGAGUCAAACAAGUUCACGUACGUUUCAAUGUGUCGUGUAUAACACCUGGAAGUGUAGGUAACAAAAGAGUAUUUUCUGACACAGAAUCUGGUGAUUGGUAUAUGAAGUCCGAAAAUAGACUUGUUGCCGUAAACUGGGACAAUCGAAGACCAGUAAAAUUUCCAAAAUCGUAUUAUGAGAGUGCAAGUGAACUUGUUGAUAAAGAAGAGGAAAUAUUGAUAACGAGAAGGCAGGACGCCCUAAUUCCUCCCGACAGAGCCUUCAAAACAACCAUCAAAACACGCUACAGCGACCUAGAUUACAAUGACCAUCCCAACACUGCACAGUACUACCAGUUUUGUUGUGAUGCAGCAUCGAAAGCUUCUCGCUCCGGAUACUAUAGACACUAUACGUCCGACAUUGUGAACUAUCCUGUCAUGGAGACAGAAGCAACAUUUCUGGGUGGGUGUGGACCUGAGGAACAACUGGACAUUUACACCUGGCAGGACGAAUGCGACAUAACAAAGUUAUAUUUCGCAAUUUAUUUGAAGGAAGCAAGGAUAUUUCAAGCAUGUUUUGUCCUCGACAGUAAACUUUCGCAGGACAAGGUCUUGUCAAGUCUAUAGGAAUUUUCAACGACAUAUGUUUUACAUGUAUUUGCCAUCAAUGGUAACUACUAUAGAAAUAUUGAAUACGUACAAUUCCGUAGGAAGAUAUCGUUUUAAAUUUGUGCAUCUAAAUAUUCAUUUGUUUUUUAUACUCGAUAAAUGAAU